UUACAGAUUGCUUCUCUUCUCUCCUUGCUUCCUUGCUCUCAUUACGCGGUAGCACAAAUCAAAGACAUGGCUGCGUCCUACAUCCUCCUCCUCUCUGCUCUCCUUGCUUUGGCUGCCUCUCCAGCCAUGGCUGGGGAUCCCAGUGCCCUCCAAGACUUUUGUGUCGCGGACAACACAUCCGAUGUGUUUGUGAACGGAUUAGCCUGCAAGGAUCCAAAGCUCGUCAAAGUCGAAGACUUCUUCUUCUCCGGUCUCGACAAGCCUCGCAACACCACCAACAAAGUCGGCUCCAACGUGACGCUCGUAAACGUGAACCGAAUUCCCGGCCUCAACACCCUCGGCAUCUCCAUGGCCCGAGUGGAUUUCGCACCUUACGGCCUUAACCCUCCUCACAUCCAUCCCCGGGCGACGGAGAUCCUGACGGUGUUGGAAGGCUCGCUCUACGUCGGAUUCGUCACCUCCAACCCCGACAACAAGCUCUUCACCAAAAUGCUCACCAAGGGUGAUGUGUUUGUGUUCCCCCAGGGCCUGAUCCACUUCCAAUUCAACCAUGGCACCAAGAACGCCGUCGCGCUUGCGGCUCUCAGCAGCCAAAACCCCGGGCUGAUCACCAUCGCCAAUGCUGUCUUCGGAUCCAAACCUGCCAUCUCGGACGAUGUCCUCGCUAAGGCAUUUCAGGUGGACGAGAAGACCGUACAUCGGAUCCAGGCACAAUUCUAGGAACACAAACUAGCCAGACAUCUGCUGCAUGCUGCAUACUGCUACUUAUCCUCGUUCUUUAUUCUUCAUUCAUUUAUUUGUCGUGUGCUUGAUUUUUCCGCUAAAUAAAUUUCGAUAAAGUUUUUUUGUUCUCAUAGCAAUAAAUGCUCAACAAUUUGUUGAA